AUGAAAGGAUUUAAACAGCGGUUCAAGGUUAAGACCAACCUGAGUAAGAAUGACAAAAAGAAGGACUCCAAGAAGGACGAUAAGAGCAAGUCAAAGAAGGUUCCAAGCGACCAUCAUAGUAAUGUCCAUCACCGUCACCACAGUCAUCACGAGCAUGAACAUGACCAUGACCAUGGUGACAAUCAUGGUGACAAUCAUGGUGACGAUCAUGCUGAUGAACAUGCUGAUGAACAUGCUGAUGAACAUGACCACGACCAAGACAACGACAACGACCAUGACCAUGAACAACAACAUGCACAAUCCCUGCAGUCUUCUCAACAAAUACCGUCAGCACCAUCUCAACAGUCCAAUCAACAAAAGCCUGAUACCCAAUCUGAGAAGAUGGCUAAGCAAUCAAGUGAAAAACAACUGCAGCCACCACCGUUGGCGUCACAGCAUCUACUACAGCUACCCGGAGCACCGAGGAAAGUUUCCGAUACGCGUAUUGAUCCAUCUUCAGAUAUGGAGAUGUCACCUCUAACGCCUACCAAUAGUAGUGGAGGAGCUUCGGGUAUCGUAACCACAGAUGAGCUUGGCUUACCUAAAUUGCAUGCCUCAAACUCUCCAUUUGACAAGGUUCCAAAGGAUGAUUUGGAACUCAAGCUUAGGACCCCUCAGAGGCACUCCAGUUCCAGAUUUGAUCCCGUUAGUGAUCGCAAGGUGUUUCAGAAACUGGCCUCGUUCGACGAGGUGGAUCCUGAUUACUACCCGGAACUCUUUGUCCAGAAAGUGGAUCAGUGCAAAAUCAUGUUUGACUUCUUUGAUCCUUCUUCGGAUAUUCAGGGGAAGGAAAUGAAGAGACUCACGUUGCAUGAGUUAACUGUUUUUGUUAGCACCACGAGAAUGACCUAUACAGAUGAAAUGUAUAGACACGUCGUUGACAUGUUCAAAAUGAAUAUUUUCAGACCAAUUCCACCUCCAGUUAACCCUGUUGGCGAUAUAUACGAUCCCGAUGAGGACGAACCCGUUUAUGAAUUGGCCUGGCCUCAUAUGCAGAUGGUUUAUGAGUUUUUCUUGAGAUUUGUGGAAAGUCCAGAUUUCAACAAUACCGUAGCAAAGCCUUAUAUUGAUCACCAGUUUGUUCUGACGCUUUUGGAACUAUUUGACAGUGAGGAUAACAGAGAAAGAGACUGUUUGAAAACCACCUUGCAUAGAAUCUACGGUAAAUUCUUAAGCCUCAGAUCGUUUAUCCGCAAAUCUAUUAACAACAUCUUCCUUACAUUUAUUUACGAAACGGGACGUUUCAAUGGUAUCUCUGAGUUGCUUGAAAUUCUGGGUUCUAUAAUCAAUGGCUUUGCUCUUCCAUUAAAAGAAGAACACAAGAUCUUUUUAAUCAAAGUUCUUAUCCCAUUGCACAAGGCCAGAUGCCUUUCCUUAUACCAUCCACAAUUGGCCUACUGCAUAUUACAAUUUUUGGAAAAGGAUCCAAACUUAACGGAGGAAGUUAUCAUGGGAUUGCUUAGGUAUUGGCCGAAGAUCAAUUCUCCAAAGGAGUUGAUGUUUUUGAACGAGAUCGAGGAUAUAUUUGAGAUUAUCGAUCCACAAGAGUUCCAGAGGAUAGAGGUGCCACUCUUUGCCCAGUUAGCCAAAUGUAUCUCAUCCCCACACUUUCAGGUCAGCGAGAAAGUUCUCUGUUACUUCAAUAAUGAGUUUUUCGUGUCUCUAGUGACGGAAAAUGCCGAAAGCAUCUUGCCCAUCAUCUUCCCUUCUUUGUAUGAACUUUCUCAGCCCGAAAUGGAACUGGUAGAGCAGCAGCAACAACAACAAGAAGAUAACCCUGAUCAGCAGCUGAGUGAUUAUGACUUCGAUGAGGCCAGCAGUUGGAAUAGAACUAUCUCUACCUUAGCAUACAAUGCUUUGAAGAUUUUCAUGGAUGCGAACCCGAUUGUUUAUGACAGAUGCUGCAUUCUAUAUGAGGAACAGAUGAAAGAAGAAAAGGCAAGGAAGGAGCUUAGAGAGGAGCACUGGAAAAAACUAGAAACCUACGUAGAGAAGUUACAGCUGGGUGAUGAUAGUACCAAGAAGGUGGAAAUCAAGUGA